CUUCGUUGUUACAAUAGCUUCCAAAGUAAUGACAACCAUGAAUGCAGCCAUUUCAACUAAAGGCGAAACACCUAUUCUUGAUAAUGGUCAGGGCGUUAUAGAUCCUGAUGUCUACUUUGAAGUCAAUAAAGCGCCUGCGGAUUUACCAGAGUUUGAAGAAAAGUUAAACGCGUUUGUGGAUUAUCAUAAAGCAAAGAAUAACAAUGUUGUGCUCAUUACUAGUGGUGGAACUACCGUUCCUCUGGAAAAUCAAACAGUUCGAUUUAUUGAUAACUUUAGUAACGGUAACAGAGGCGCAACUUCUGCUGAAUAUUUUCUAGAAGCUGGUUAUGCAGUUGUCUUCAUGCACAGAACAAACAGCAUUCAGCCCUAUCAUCGACACUUCAUUCCUUCUCAACGCGGGUUUUUGGAUUACAUGAGACCUACAGAGGAAGGCUCAGUUGAAGUCCGACCAGAAUACGUUGAAAAAAUGCACCAAGUACUCUUACGAUAUGAAAAAGCGAAACAAGAGAAUCGUCUGUUACUAUUAGAAUUUGUUACUUUACCUCAGUAUUUGUUUAAAUUACAAUCGGGAGCAAAGAUUCUUGCACGCUUACAAGAAAAGGCCAUGUAUUACCUAGCUGCUGCUGUCAGUGAUUUUUUUAUUCCUUCUUCAAAGAUGGUUGAACACAAAAUCCAAUCGCGCGAUGGAGGGCUUACGUUGACCUUGGAUCAAGUCCCCAAAUUCUUAAAACCGCUUGUUAGUAAUUGGGCAGCGAAAGGAUUGAUCGUGUCCUUCAAAUUGGAGACAGACACCAAUCUCUUGGUACCCAAAGCACGUGCAGCUCUUGAACGUUACGGGCACCAGGUAGUGAUUGGUAACAUGCUAAAAACACGUAGACAAACGGUAACAUUCAUUACACAACAUACAGAAAAGGUGAUAACACUAACAAAGGAAGAAUUGGACACGGAUGUAGAAAUUGAAAGUAAAAUUAUACCUGAGCUUGCUCGAAUCCAUCAAAACUGGAUCAAAUCAGGAAGUACAGAAUAAAAAAGGCAACCAAAUAUGUGUUGUACUAAUGUGUAUUGUGCAGUGUGUAUUGUGUGUAAGUUCACUUUACUUUACUUGGAUUCAAAGGAAGGAAGGGUCUUCAAUGCGAACAAAAGAACGGGCAAAUGAUAAAAAGUGAAGAGGCACAGAAAGUGUAAUGGAGAAAUGUACAUUCGAAUAUUUUAAACGGUUAAAAUUAGAAAGGAAAAAUCAUGAUCCAAAAAACGAGAUA